AAAGAGAUCAACAUUAAUAUUUUCAAAUCACCUUAUUCAAUUUCAACAAAAAACAACAGUUAACUAUAAUGUCUGUAUUAUUGCGAGACAUAGAGACCGCGGCCAACAAGAAGUUGGAUCAACCGCUCAGGGAUUACCUAAACCGGGGGGCUAUGGAUGACGUGACACUGAGGGCCAAUCAGGAGGCGUUUAGUCGCCUCCGUAUACGACCCCGAUAUAUGGUUGAUGUGUCCCAUCGGGACCUCACUGUACAGGUGUUGGGCCACAGAAUACGUGGGCCCAUAUGUGUGUCCCCUUUCGGACUCAACCGCCGGUUUCAUCCCAACGGCGAGUUUGAGACGGCAAACGGUGUGGCCCAAUUUGGCACAACAAUGAUUGUGAGCAGUGGUUCAUGUGUGACACUGGAGGAGAUAUCAACCGCCGAACCGGAGCUAAACAAAUGGUUUCAAAUGUUUAUAUAUAAGGACCGGCAGAUGAGCGCCGAUAUGGCCCGUCGGGCACAGGAGGCCGGCUAUAAAGCGCUUGUGUUGACCGUCGAUCAGCCGGUGAUGGGUCUCCGGUAUUAUAACAUGAAAAGCAAUUACACGGAUAAGGAUGAGAGGGUUAACUACAGGCCCUAUAAGACAACGAAAGACGUGGCAAUGGAUGCGGACUGGGAUGAUGUAAAAUGGCUCAAGAGUCAGGUGCGCAUACCGUUGGUUAUUAAGGGUAUACUGACCGCAGAGGACGCGCGGCUGGGUGUGGACAGUGGGGCCGACGCUAUACUGGUGUCCAAUCACGGCGCCCGACAGUUAGAUGGCGCGCCCGCCACUUUAGAAGCGUUGCCUGAGAUCGUGGCAGAGGUGGGCCGCGAGUGUGAGGUCUAUCUGGACGGCGGUGUCCGCAGCGGUGCCGAUGUGUUCAAAGCCCUGGCAUUGGGCGCGCGGGCGGUGUUUGUGGGCCGA